UUCCAUCCGGGUACUCCGGCUUCCUCCCACCUGCAAAGACAUGCACCUGUGGAUAGGUUGAUUGGCAACAACACUAAAUUAGCCUUAGUGCGUGAAUGUGAGUGUGAAUGUUGUCUGUCUAUCUGUGUUAGCGACUUGUCCAGGGUGUACCUCGCCUUCCGCCCGAAUGCAGCUGGGAUAGGCUCCAGCACCCCCCGCGACGCCGAAAGGGACGAGGGGGAGAAAAAUUGGAUGGAUGGAUUCUUCAUUCAUCCCUCCAAGCAACGUUUUUUCACAAAUUCCUCAGUAAAUUCACCAAAACGUCACCGUGGAGUUUUUGAGUCUGUUUAGCUGAUUGGAGCGAGUGGGUCCAUGAGGAUGACUUCUGUUUUGUUUAAUCAGCCGUUUGGAAACAAUUAAGCCAACAAACCAGCCUGGAAAGAAGAAGAGAUUCGUAGUGGACUUGGACCAAAGAGAGAACCCACACACACGGCCCCUCAUCCCCGCGCCCUCCUCUCUCUGCCUGUCCUCCCUACUCCGCCUUGUCACGGCACGUCAUCUGCAGUUUGCUGACAGCAAGACCAUCUUCAAGCCGUGUUCUGACCGUCUCUUCAUUUAGCGCUUCCAUGUGGAGUCCACUGACAGGGAAAUCGGGGAGCCUCUCUAUGUCAACACAGGAGAUGGUGUGGCUCUUCCACUCUGAGCACUCACAUGCAUCAGGACAGGACUCAGCCUGGGACCAAGUGUUCAUGUGGAGGACAAACAAAGCGCAUGCUAUCACGUGCAUGUUGGAGUGUCUCGCUUUCGCUCGUCUCUGGUGGUCUUCUUGGUGACCUUCGGUGAUUCACACGCUGGAGUACUUCAUCACUGCGUCCUCUGGAGUUCCAAACUUCCCAGAGUUUGUGAGUGCUGCUUACAUCGAUGGAAUGGAGAUGUAUCGUUACGACAGCAACAAUUCCAGCAAAACGGAAUUCAAACAGGAAUGGAUGAACAAUAUCCUAGAAGCGGAACCGCACUACGAGAAGACUAUAACAGACCACAAUGUUGUUGCUCAGCAAAUUUACAAAGAGAACAUUGAAACACUUCAAAAGCGUUCCAACCAAACUGGAGGUGUUCACAUUCUCCAGUGGAUGUCUGGGUGUGAAUGGGACGAUGAGACCGAUGAGGUUAGAGGUUGGGAUCAGGACGGUUAUGAUGGAGAAGAUUACAUAUCGCUGGACAUGGAGACGUGGACAUUCACCGCGGCAAAACGGACAGCUUUCUCCGACAAAGUCCAGUGGGAAAAUGACCAACUGCUACUCGACUACAAUAAGCAUUACUUCACUGUGGGAUGUCCUUCCUUCUUGAAGUCGUAUCUGAACUACGGGAAGGAGGUCCUAAUGAGAAAAGAGCUUCCAGAGGUGUUCCUCCUCCAGAAGACGCAGUUCUCUCCGGUCAGCUGCUUUGCGACAGGGUUCUACCCCGCCAGUGCCAAACUGUUUUGGAGGAAAGGCGGCCAGCAGCUCUUCGAGAACGUAGAGCACGGAGAGAUGCUCCCCAACCACGACGGAACCUUCCAGAUGUCUGUGGACCUGAAAGUGGAGGUGACGGCCGACGUGGAGGGCGAGUACGAAUGCGUGUUUCAGCUGUCUGGCGUCGAGGAGGACCUGGUCACCAAGCUGGAGAGAAGAAGCAUCCUGAGCAAUCCAAUGCUUCCAGAGGUGUUCCUCCUCCAGAAGACGCCGUCCUCUCCGGUCAGCUGCUUUGCGACAGGGUUCUACCCCGCCAGUGCCAAAAUGUUUUGGAGGAAAGGCGACGAGCAGCUCUUCGAGAACGUAGAACACGGAGAGAUGCUCCCCAACCACGACGGAACCUUCCAGAUGUCUGUGGACCUGAAAGUGGAGGUGACGGCCGACGUGGAGGGCGAGUACGAAUGCGUGUUUCAGCUGUCUGGCGUCGAGGAGGACCUGGUCACCAAGCUGGAGAGAAGAAGCAUCCUGAGCAAUCCAAGCCACUUGAGCGUCGCCCUCGCUGCCACAGCGGCAGUCGCCACUGCGGCGGCCCUCAUCUUCAUCGUCAGGCGUCACAGAAAGAGACAAGCUCAACACGAUCCAGCUGCUCGCCAAGCCGGUGCCGAGCCUCUCCGAGAACGUGACGGCUAAAGGCUGAGCGAGUCAACUCACAUGGAGUUUGCGCCUUCAAAUGUUCUUCGGACUUUGGGUGAAGAUGAUGAUCAGCUGGGAUUCCUGUGUUUUUGUUGAAAGGGACGUCAUCAUUUGGAGAUGAGAUGGAGAUGUGCUUUGUUCUUCAUCUGACUACUCAAAUAACCCAGAUUGUUCUUUGGCUGUUCGUGGCUUAGGAAAUACGUGAGGAUCAAACGUCGGUUGCUUUGAAAUGAUUCUGUGCAUUCACGUUCCAUCACCUUGUCGUCAUGACAAGGAUUUCUUCUUUCUUUGAAUCACCGCUGCUUAUGAUCAAUAUCACAUCGUGUCACACGUAGUGUUCAGAAAAACGUUACAAAAAUAAUAAAGCCGUUAGUUAGAUUACUCGUUACUAGACAAACUGAUUACUUUUAUGUACGUUACAAGGCCGUUACCGAUACGUUUGUAUGUAACCUGGCGCGGACAAGAAAGCUUUAGAAUCUCAGCAAGUUUACUUCGGAUAGUAGUUCUUUACUACACACACGUGCACUACUACUACUACUACUACUACUACUACAAGGAAGUAAUGAACAUUCUAUCAAGUGGCAAUCAUCAACAAUAACAAACCUAGGAGAGAGACAGCCAUUGACGCACGUUCUAUCACUUUAUUUAAUAUCAGUGGAAACGUUCCACAGGCGCUACCGUAAAACAAUCUCCUUCAAGUCUGCAGACUACCAACGCUGAGCUAAAACAGCUGGCGUCACUUGGCAACAGGCUCCUCCACUCACGCACUCUUUUCUCAUGAAACAUCUCUCAACUGCAGAUACAGAUGAAAAUGUUAAAAAACAAACAAAAAAACCCACAUGAAUUGCUUUCCCUAGUAAUUUAUUUAAUCUAAUUAAGGAAUAAUUCUGUUAAUAAUUCAAUUACUUUUUCAGGAAAAUAAGUAAUUGUAAUUAAUUACCGUAUUUUCCGCACUAUAAGGCGCACCUAAAAACCUCCAAUUUUCUCAAAAGCUGACAGUGCGCCUUGUAAUCCGGUGCGCCUUAUAUAUGGACCAAUAUUGAGCCACAACAGGUCUCGCAACUACGGGAUGCAUAACGUAACCCCAGCCUCUACUGUAGCGUCUAUUCUAUGCGCCUUAUAAUGCGGUGCGCCUUAUAAUGCGGUGCGCCUUAUAUAUGAACAAAGCUUUAAAAUAAACCAUUCAUUGAAGGUGCGCCUUAUAAUCCGGUGCGCUUUAUAGUGCGGACAAUAUGGUACUUUUUUAAAGUAAUAUUCCCAACACUGGUCACAACUCUGUCAAUAAAUCUAUUUGUUCUCAACUUCUGCUUUCAUCAAAGAUGCCAAAGAUUAUAGACCUGCACAAGACUGGAAUGCACUCCAAGGCCAUCAUCUUGGCGAGUGUAACGUCAAAUUUAUUUUGGAAUAUGUGCUUUUUAUUUUGACACAGAUCAAACCGGAAGUUGUGCUGUUAACUCCGUAAGCUUGAACGAUAAGGCCAGUGUAUGUUGCCAAGUUCAGGCAUGUGAUUUUUCCGUCUGAAGUCGGAAUUCCGUCUUUUUUUAAUCUCGGGGGAAGAAAAAAAUUAUCUCCCGUUUUUCCGUUUUUUUUCCGACCCUAAAUCAAGAUUUGAGACGUAGUUUAUAUUACGCCGUAGUUGAUUGGUCGAUAUGUUCCUUGUGACCAAUCAUCUGUUAUGAAUGAUGACGUUAAUAACGUCAUCUUUCAUAAUGGUUAUCACCGCCAUUUUCCAUAUGUAAACAAUGUCGGUUCUCGAGAGAAAGGACGCUUUACGAGUAAAAGAAAUUGAUAAACAUGUCAAAAAUAAGUUUCGAUGGGACUGGAUGGAAAGGGAAAUCACUGAUACUGUUGGGAAGAAGGAAGUUACGACUUUGUUCGGUGAUUUUAUUCGGAAAAUCGAUCGUCCUGGAAAGGUUUUGUGCACGUGGUGUCAUGAUAAUAUUGACUAUGGAUCACGAGGUUUCAAGGCUUUGGAAGUACAUGCGAAACGCCAAAAACAUG